GGCCAGUUCACUUGCGUACGCCGUGGCAUCAACACGCACCAGCAAAAUCAAGCGCAUCCAGUCGACCCAAUCCAGUUCCAUUCCAUAAAAGCCAACGAAAGCGAAAUCUCAACCGAGCGUCAUGGAGUUCAACAAUCGCCUCUUGCUGAAGAUCAUCGAGCUGGCCAUCGCCAUCGCCUGCAUUGUGCUAUACGAGACGGUUGGUAACUUGUCCCUCCAUCCGGUGAUUGUGGCCGGCACCGUUGGUGGCUACACCGUCAUCUGCGGCGUUCUGCUGAUCGGUCAUGUGCUCAACUCGCUGGUGGAGAAGCGCCUGAACGCCCUAUUCUCGCUGAUCGGCUGCCUGCUGUUCGUGGCCUCCGGAGCACUGGUGAUCGAUGAGUGGCACGGCGGACUCCUGAAUACCGAUAGGAAGCGCCAGGCCAUUGGAGCCGGUUCCCUGAUGAUCAUCAAUGCGGCUGUCUUCCUUCUGGACACUCUCUGCAUCUGCCGGACGUAAAGAUUCCGUUUCGUCGUAUAUGUACUCCAUAUCCGUUUAUUUUUUUUUUUCGCAAAUCGAAUAACUCGUGUUGAUAAGCAUAAUGAAACAAGAAUCUAUUGUAAAUGUUAACGUAACAUUUUUUUUUGUAGCUGUGUGUUACGAGCGUUUUAUAUGUAUUUAUACGUGUCUUAAGCUAAUCUCAGAUAUGCGCACGCAGAUUAUAUACAGGAAUCCAUUAAAUAUAUACACAUACACAACAUAUAUGUACAUUCCAGCUAUCUGUGGUUAUAAUAUGCUAAACUCACAACAUCUGACCAUGUCUUACAUCACCAUAAUUGCCAUUCCGCUGCCGGGAUAAUGGGCCAUAAUUGCCAGAGGGCUAAGUUUCUGGGAAAACGAAAAAAUGAAUAAACUCACGGUCCUGACGUCACGUGCCGGCAACUGUUGCAAAAAUCCCAAUGGACUGUGUUUCCAAUUCGCAUUCAAAUUCAAAUUCCAACUGCGACCCACCAUUAAAUGGUGGUCAACUCCUUCGCUUUGCCAAUCCAUGGUUGUAAACUUCUAAGAAUCAGGGAUUAGCGCUUCAAUUAACACCAGAUAAACCCUUUGUUUAUUUAACUAGAAGUUUUCAAUAAGAAGCUUACAACAUAAAUACUUAACUUAUAUGCAUGUCGCAUGCGCAUUUAAAAGAUAUUUCUUUGACUUGUCAAAUUUUGCAUAUAAAAAAUUGAGAGUGCUGCGCGUAUAUGUUGCAUCUAUUAAAGAGUAUUGCCCCCAUUCGUUGCUUUUGCCCGUUGCCAACUUUUCUUCGUUCUGCUGCUGUGUUGUUGUCGUGCCACAAGCUUAUCAUAAUUAAGCAAUUUAUAUAAUUUGUAAUUAUUUUUUUUUUAUUUUUAUCAUCCGCAUGACAACUCUGUG